GGGAUUUAACUCCUAUUUCUUCAUGGAUUUCAACUGAAAAUACUACAAUAAUGGUCUUAAUGAUUCUAAUUUCAUUCUUUACACUAAUUUACUUGAUGAAUUUAUUUAUUGGAAUUAUUAGUAAUUUAAUUCGUGAUAAAGAUAUUAGAAAUAUUUCUUAUUUGAUUUUAAUCGCUGAGAUCCUUAACGAAGUUGAGUUGUUUUAUAUGUUACCACAUCAGCGAAGAAAAGAAAAUUGGUUCCCAAAUACUAUCUUCUAUGGAUGUCAUACAUAUAAACUUCGAGAGCAUAUAAUAGAUAUUCAAAACAAAGGUAUCAAGCCUUAUCUUUCAAAAAAUCUUAAAAUAGUUCUUCAACUCCCUGAAGAACAACCCGAUAUUAAACAAAUGGAAGAUAUAAUUAUAAAGCAGGCUAAGGAUAUUGAAGAUCUAAAAACAACAAUUGACGAUAUAAAAUCAUCGCAAGAUAAGGCAUUUAAAGAUAUAGAAAAAUCAAUAAUUAACAUUGUUAAUAAAUUAGAAUAG